CGGGACGGUCCACGAUGCUGGAGAACGGCUCCUUCUCCAACUGCUGCGAGGCGGGCGAGCUGGCUGUGCGCCCGGGCUGGCCGGGGGCGGGCAGCGCGCGGCCCUCCGGGACCGCCGGUCCUCCCUGGGUGGCGCCCGCACUGUCUGCCGUGCUCAUCGUUACCACCGCGGUGGACGUCGUGGGCAACCUCCUGGUCAUCCUGUCGGUGCUCAGGAACCGCAAGCUCCGGAACGCGGGCAAUUUGCUCUUGGUGAGUCUGGCAGCGGCUGACCUGGCGGCGGCCUCGUACCCGUCCCCACUAGUCCUCGCGGCCAUCUUCCGUGACGGCCGGGCCCUGGGUGAGGUGCACUGCGAGGCCAGUGCCUUCAUGAUGGGCCUGAGUGUCACUGGCUCCGUCUUCAACAUCACUGCCUUUGCCGUUAACCACUGUUGCUACGCCUGCCGCAGCGGGGUCUACCAGCAGAUCUACCAGCCCUGGCACAGGCCCCUCUACAUCUGCCUCGUCUGGCUCCUCACUGUGGGGGCCUUGGUGCCCAACUUUUUCACGGGGUUCCUGGAGUACGACCCGCGCAUCUACUCCUGCACCUUCAUCCGGACAGCCAGCACCCGGUACACGAUGGCAGUGGUGGUCAUUCACUUCUUCCUCCCCAUCGUUGUCGUGUCCUUCUGUUACCUGUGCAUCUGGGUGCUGGUGCUUCAGGCCCGCAGGAGGGCCAAGUCAGAGACCAAGCUGUGCCCGAAGCCCAGCGACGUUCGGAGCUUUCGGACCAUGUUCGUGGUGUUUGUGAUCUUCGCUAUCUGCUGGGCCCCACUGUAUGGCAUUGGCCUCGCUGUGGAUGACCCAGAAGAAAUAACUCCCCAGGUCCCGGAGGGGCUCUUUGUGGCUAGCUACCUCCUGGCUUAUUUCAACAGCUGCCUUAAUGCCAUAGUCUAUGGGCUCCUGAACCAGAACUUCCGCAGGGAAUACAAGAAGAUUGUCUCAGCCCUCUGGAACCCUCAGUGCUGUGUUCAGAAUGCUUCCAAGGGCAGCCAAGCUCCACCUGUGGGGAAUGCCCAGCACCCUGUCAGUUAG